CACACCACUCUGAUCAUCUCAACAAUCUCUCUCAAGUCAUGACCGUGGAUCAGCUCAACAUCUCCAUCUCCAACAUCACCUCAGGGAAUCCUGGCAACGUUGUCUCCAGUACACUGCUGGGAUUGUGCUGCCUUGUGGGCCUCCCUGCAAAUAUAGCUGUCGUGAUGGUCAUUCUGCGCCAGGUAAAAAUAGAUAAUGUCACCCUGAAACUGAUGCUGAAUCUGGCUUGUUCUGACAUCCUGUGUCUGGCAUCCCUCCCUGUGUGGAUCUAUUCUCUCCUGUGUGGUUGGAAUCUUGGCCGUGGGCUUUGUAAGUUCUUCUCCUUCAUGGUCUAUUGCAGCCUAUACAUCAAUAUCAUGACUGUAACUGUGAUGAGUGUGCAUCGCUACGUGUCGGUUCUCCACCCCCACCAGUGGGCCAGGCUGGGAAGGAGAGGUGAGAAGGUUUUGCUACCUGCACUAUGGGGACUUGCAUGCAUCCUAACUGGGCCUGCUGUUGCAACAAGGAAUACAGUGGUUACUGGUUCUGGUCUAAGAUGUCAAAGACACACUGAAUCGGACUGGGAAAUAGUGGCUGUUCUUUUUUUUGAGACAUUGGUGGGUUUUGUUCUGGGUUCCAUUCUGGUCAUUUUUUAUUUCUUACUUCACAAGCGAGUGAACCAGACAGCCCUCUUCAGCACCCAAAGGAUGACCAGAUUGGUCACUGGAAUCACUGUGGCCUUCAUCAUUCUCUGGGUUCCUGGUCAUGUUGUUAACAUUGUGGACAUCUCAGCCACCUUACUGAAGUAUUCACACCCUGUUACAUCUGUUAAGUUGACGACCUUUGCGGAGUUGACACGGGACUUUGCAAAGUGCCUUACAUUUGUUAACAGUUGUGUGGACCCCUUUCUGUAUGCGUUUGCCUUUCAGAGAAUUUGGCAGAGAAGACCAGAUAAGCGGGAGAGAGCAGACCCUGCUAUUCAGAUCUGUGUGUAAUAAUUCUGUCAAUCAUUUAUGCUUCUUUGUGAUUGUUAUAUUUUUAUUUUAUUUGAGGUGUGCAUUUAAAUCAGAGGGAGGGAAGCACCACAGCUUGAGGUGCAGAGGUUACCUAUAUUGGGAUAACGUUUAAAAUGUAAACCAGGUCAAAAAAUGGCUUCAUCAUGAUUGACCAAAGACCAACAGUUGGUAAAAGCAGAAACAGAAUGAAAUCUUUUUAAAAAAUGAUCACAAAGCAGCUUGAAACAAUCUUCAAUGUCUCCUUUCAAACCAUGCAAACUUGGUCAGUACUGAAAUGCAUCAAGGCAACAUGGUAACUGCAAAAUUGAAAGUGAAAUGAUCAAUUCGCUUUGCAGGAAGUGGUAGAUAAGAGUAGGUGAGAACUUUCUUGUCAGUAUCUUCAACAUGACUGUCAAACCCUGACCACAGAGAGCCUUUGGUUCUCUCACACACUUUACAUCAACUUUCAUUAUUUACUCAGCCCUUUGGUUCCUCAGACCAUAAAGUGACAAUAGUGUUGCAAAAAACGUGAAACAUUGGCCUGGACAUCUUCAAGUGGCUCAAGUCUUUGAUGUCCUUCAUGGUACAGUGUGUUGAUGCAGAUGGAGCAGGAAAAAAGCUCAGACUGUCAGGCCCAAACACUUGAGACAGGCAAAUAAAAUGUGCUUUUACUGCAGCUAGCAAAAAAUAUAGUCUGACUUUUAUGCACAGUUAACUUUUAUGGGUGUCCUUUAAGCGAACACAUUACACCUUUUACAGCGAUGAGGCCUUACUCAGUAAAUAUGAAAGAUUGUUCUGCUCUGCAGAUUCGAAUUGAACUGUGAAUUGAGUCUGGUCAUAAAGGAUCAUGUUAGAGUAGCAUAUACAACUAGAAUAUUUUAUUUUCCUACGAAAUGCUUUCGUCAAUUUUUCAAGCAUCAGACACAGGUGUACAGUAAAUUACACCAUCAUAUUAAUAAAUUGCUCUCCACAAAUGCUAUUGCUACUGUCAUUUCAUACACAGGCCUGAUCUAGAUUGCAGACUACGUACUCUGCUCUAACUAAUAAUAACUAAAGCAUACAUGUACUGUAUGUACGAUGAGCAUACUUCUCAUGGUUUGAAUAUCACCCUUAUUUAUGAACUUCCUCGCUUCAGAACACUGAAAUGACCUUUUUAAAGCUUUUCUCGAACUAUCAAUCCCAUUCUCCAGUCCAAGUGAUGGAGCAGCUUUAGAACAGAUUCUGAAGUAAAUAUAAUGCACCGAGUCCUACGCAAGAAAUAAUUCCUCUGCUUUUCUCAGUGUCUAACCCUCUUUUUUUUAAAUGUCAAAUGAUGUUAUUUUCCAGCUCCAGCAGUGAGAUUGGUACGACUGCAGCUAAGCUAACAUGAGUGGGAGUUACUAGUGGUGAGAUUCAAUACACAUACAGUACCACCAGGCACGAAUUGACACGCUUGAAUAAUCAUGACAUUUCUGUUGCAACUGCAGCCCAAAUGAAAAAUAAAUGUGUUACACCAGAUUGUGAUUAUAAUGCCUUUUACACAUUUAGCUUAUACAAGGGCAUUUAGCUGCUACAAGGCUAAUUGUCUAUAGUAGGGGUAACGCGCCGCAAAAUUCAAACAUGAUGAACCUAAGCAAAUAAAUCAACAGGAUGUCACAAGUUCCUCAAGUUUAUUUUUUUGAAACUAGUAUGGAGCUUCCAAAAUCACCUUGACAGAGUGAUGGAAGACAUCAGCCAACAUCACACACACACACAUUGAAAAAGUUCAAUUCAGAUUCACUAAACUGGAUAGGCACACACUCAAACCACGCGUAAACACAUCAACAUAAAACAACUUAAUAAAUCAUUUUAAUAGAGUGAAGGAACUCAUGACCACAUUCACAAAAAUACAGCGA